UCAAAUGAAAACACAGGAUAGGGACGUACAGGAUGAGGGCUUGACAAUGGAACCCUGCUCAUUUUUUCACAUUACUGUGCAUUUUUUAAUGGUAAGGUAGAUCCCAACUGCAUGUGCAUGCAUUUUAUUAAUUUUAUUAUUUAUUUUAUCAUGCAUGAGUUUUUUUAAUUUUAUUAUUACUGUCUGAUUCUUUUGAGUGCAAUCUGCCACCCUAUACGUGCUCUGUGUUAUGCCAUGUUUUUAACUUUGUUUUGGUGAGGUAAAGAUCUCUUUUAAUACAUCCGCCAAGGAGGUUAUGUUUUUGGUCGCGUUGGUUUGUCUGUCUGCUUGUCUGUCUGUCAGCAGGAUAACUAAAAGACUUGUGAAUGGAUUUGGCUGAAACUUUGUGGAGUUGUUAGUAAUGACCCAAGGAACAAGUGUCAAAUUCUGGUGCUGAUCCGGAAUACGAACUAAAACCAGGACUUUUUUAAAGACUCUUCACCAUUGCUGGCCUAUAUAUCUAGACGCCCUUAGUGACCAGAAAUUGAAUUACGGGGACACCGCAAAAAGAAGGCAGAAAGACUUACGGUGUAACAUGACCAAAUGUUCUAUCAAGCAGCUUCCUUGGCGGAGGUCUGCGCUCUCUGAGUGCUGCUAGUUUUAACUUUGUUUUUACCAUUUCAUUUGCAUUUACCAUUUCUUUUGUUGUUAUUUUUGUUAGUGAAUCAUUUUGAGUUGCCUUUCUGUGAAAUGGAUUAGAAAAAUAAAUGUGACUUGACUUGACUUUUGAUUAAGUUGACCUAAAACUAAAAUUUGGUGAGGGCAAUGACGUCAUACUAGCCUGGGAACUCCCAUACUGCCUUUAGUUUGACGCAAUCGUUCCGAUCUGAAAGACAGUAUGGAAGCUCAAACUCAUAACGGACCAGGUUAUGGUCCAUGUCUCUGGCCAAUCAGAGAGCAGGACGGGUGUGUCAUAAUAGGCAAGUAUACUGUCCCCUAUGGAAUUUACAGUUGGCAGGUAGCCAGACCUAAUUUCACACUGAACACCUAAACGUCACACUGGCAAUCUCUAUAGAUUUUACCACAUCAAUGCCUUGAACACGCCUCUACCCAAGGCUGUUGGAGCUGCUGCUGCUGUUGAUUGCUUCCCCAUUUCUCCAGAGCUCAGAAACUAUGAUGUAUUGCUCCUGGUCUGACUAGAAUCAACGCCGAAGGUGUUGCGUCACUAGGAGGGCGUGGCCUAGCCACUAAUACAGCAGGGGUUCUCAACCUUUUUUGAACAAACGCCCCCUUGACUUCUUCCUAAGCCUCCAAACGACCACUUGAGAUAAUCAUAAGCCUACCAACACCCCCUUACAGUAUUUCUCAAUUGGUUUUGUACAUUUCUCGAAUCUCUCUCGCAAUUUUCAAAACACAGUAUUCAUUCUCAAAACAGCUUUAACAAAUGGCAAAACACCAUGGAUGACCCGCAAAACCAAGUCUCUUCCUCAAAAUCCUUAGUUUGUCUUUCGAAACCACGUUUUUGUGUCAAUGAACGCGUCAGUCCCAGCAGAAUGGUUAGUCAUUGUGUCAUAGUGUAUGGACAAGCUAGUCAAAUCGAUUUGUUAUGUUGUCAAUUGAUUAGUACACUCUUGAGGAUGUUUUCUGAAGUGAAAUGUUGUUUAGAAUAGAUGGAAAAUGUUGUAAAUUAGACUUUAUAUUACAUAGAUCAGGUAAGAUUGUACUAGAUAUACAUCUAGAGUAUAACAUAUUUAUUGAAAGGUUUUCUCAUUGCAAAAUCAAAAAAAUAGUCAACUCUGAUUGAUGUGUCAAAGUGCGCUCUCUACCACCCCUUUUUACUUGUCUUGCAGGCCCAUGUGGAAAAAAAUAUAGAACUGUAAAGCAAAAUAAAUUUGAAACAAUACACUGAUACUGUAUGAAGUGCACUUACUGUCUUGUGAAAUUCUAGGGAAAUAUUGUAAUUUUUCGUGGAGCGUAAUUAUAAAAGGCACAUGAGGCAUAGAGUAAUGUAAUGCAGUACAGUGCUUAUUGUUGUAUUUCAUGCUUUUUUCCUCUUCCCCUUCUACUGCUUUUGAUUAGAGAGAGUCAAUAUAUACCUGCGAGCAAUUCACCAAUUCAGAUCACAUUUAUAGACACAAAUCCAAUGGAAAUUAUACAGUGCUUAACACAUUAUGGCAGCUUGGUAAAUCAUUUUGCAUGUCAAGACUUAUACUAUGACAUAGGGCCUAAAUGUUUUGGAGUUUGAGAUAGUUUUGUGUAUUCAGUGACAAUGCUUUUUGAGUGAUAUGACAAAAGCAAUUGCUAAUCUAUAAAAAAGCUGAGAAUUGUACACAACCAUAUGCAUGAUGAUGAAAGCAUUUGCUAAAUGCUGAAAACUAUGAGAAACGUAUUUUACCAUGUGCACAGAUAACAGCAGGAAGUCACAAUUGAACAAGACGUUUUGAGAAUGAUAAUUCUGUUGUGAGAAAUGUACAAAACCAAUUGAGAAAUACUGUAAUAUUGACAAAUAAAAUAGACUAAUGCUCCCCAAUGGGAACUAAGCCCCGCCCCCACUCAGGUGUAUCCUUCUCAGCGCCCCCGUUGAGAAACACUAUCAUACAGUAUAUGAAAGUGGUAGCCCAACUGGGAAACUCCAACUCCCAUUGUCGUUGUGACACAGCAUACAGUUCACACUGCUCGCAACGAAAUUGCAUUUAUGCCUCACCUGUGCAAGUGGGCAGCCCCCAUUGGCGCCCAAAGGGAGCAGUGCGGCAGGCUGGUAUCAUGUUUAGGGUACCUCAGUCUUGGAGGAGGAUGGGGGAGAGCAUGGGUUAAUUACUCAGCAAUCAACCUGGCAGAUCGGGAAUCAAAGUCUGACGCCCUAACCGCUUACCCAUGACUAGUUAAUUUAGGUUCUCAGUUUCUUAUGCAACUAGACAGCCUGAAUGGCUAGUGAUGUGGGCCAUACAUUUACAGAGGCCGGUGAGCAAAAAAUUUCAAGCCCUACAAGAUAAAGAUAGGCCUAUUGUUCUAAGAAUUACGACUCAUUACAGACUUUUUCUCCCACAGGUCACAGACCAUGCUGCCACCCUUGCUCCUGUUCCUGCUGAGUAACCUGAGUAUCGUCCACACGUGUCGGACAGGACAGCUGCAGGAAUGCCAGCAUGCACCUUUUGUUCCUGGCCACAACCUUGCUGGAGAGGGCUUUGAUGUGGUUACCAUGCAGCAUAAGGGGGCGUACGUGCUGGAUGUCCAGACAUAUCUGACCCCAAAUGACACCUGCACACUUUGUGAAAACCCUCUGCAGGGCAAUGAGCUGCAGAAGCUCCCCCUGUCUGUUUUAGACUGGCAAGCUUUUAGCAACUGCAAUCAGGAUAUUUCCGCUGCCGCGCUCAGCACAGCCAGUAGCGUAGCAGAGAGCACCACCUCUUCCAUAGAGAAUGUUGGUUGGACAGUGGGACUGGACUUGGGUGACAUGGCAAAUAUGACUGUGGGGGGAAGCCAUACCACUGCAACAGCGUAUGCCAGUGCUCAGUCUAAACUAUACAAAACAGCCUUUGCUUCAAAUGAACUGACAUGUUCUUAUUACGGUUAUCGGUUUCCAAACAAGCCCCCUCUCAGCGAAGAAUUCAAAAAGCACAUGCAGUCUCUUCCAGCCAAGUACACUGCUGACACUGAAUACCUCUACCAUCGCUUCAUUCAGACGUACGGCACCCAUUACAUUCAACAGGUGCGUCUCGGAGGACGCCUGACCCGCCUCACCUCUAUCCGUUCAUGUCUGGCCAGUGUAAACGGCCACUCUGCUGACCAGGCCAAGGACUGCAUCCAAACUGGACUUUCUAUUGGCUUAGGGUAUGUAGAUGCAUCAGCAACCACCAGUAAUUGCAAAUCACUUUUAGAAAAUGUGGACACUCAAACCCAGUCUGGAAUGUCUUACCUGAGUCAUAUUACUGAGGUGAUAGGGGGUAGUAAGUGGUUAGGAGAGGUCUCCCUCAGUAAAAACGAUUCUGCAGAGUUCCAAAGCUGGAUGGAGAGCUUGAAGGAAACCCCCGAUAUCGUCUCCUACUCUCUGUUCCCUCUUCAUGAGCUAGUCGUAAACAUGACAAUUAGCAAAAAUGUGAAGGAGGCUGUGAGGCGGUAUCUUAUAGACAACGCUUUGUUUAAAGAGCCCCCUUCCUCACAGUGCACUGGUCAGCCCAAUCUCUCCCCUGAAUGUUGCCCUCUGUCUGCAAAGAAGGGCAGACUCCGAGUAACCGUCAACAAUGCAUGGAGUCUGGGGGCUGGUCUGGAUCCAGUUGGCCCACCUGAUCCCUAUGUCAAUGUAAGGUACUGGAACAGGUUCUAUCAGACGCACUACAUUAAAGACACUGAAAACCCCACCUGGAACAUAGCGUAUGAUCUUGGCCACGUCGAAGCACACCAUCACCUCAAUCUUGAAGUGUGGGACAAAGAUCUGCAGUAUGAUGACCACCUUGGAACAUGUACUACCACUCUAAUUGAGGGCUCCCACACCAAUAGUUGUGGUAUUAAAUCGGGAGGUUUCUCAUACUCCUAUAGCCUUACCUGCGACCCAUACCUAACAGGUAAUCAGUGCUCUCAGUUUAAAGAAAACCAAAAAGAAACAACUGAGAGUAAUUAAGUCAACUACGGUCGACUA